UCUCUAGUGAAGCUCCGCCCCUUCCCGCCGACUGUUCUUUGAUGUGCUCCCUGGAUCGCCUGCGUUGAAUCGCGCCUUGGCGAAUCUUGUUGGCGUCACAGAUCACGAUACGGAAAUAUCCCUUUUUUUUCCAUUAUCUUAUUAUAGCUAUUUGUUUCAAAUAUAAAAGAAAAAAAUUCAUUUUGAAUAAAAAAAGUUGGGGAUCAUUUCUUGCUAUUUAUGAUUGUUAUUCAAGUGAUCUUACUCAAGUACAUACAAUUUAUCUACCCUUAUGAUUCUUGCAAUACGUGUUAUACAACAAUAUUCUGGUAGUGCAGUGAUUUAAUUUUUAAAGCUGACAAAGAGACCAAUACUGGUGGAUCAUAUAAGCAAGAAUCGUGUUUCUUGCAUUUCAUGUAAUUAGAAUUUUUCUUAAGAUAAAUGACAUUUGUCUUAACAUUGUUAAGAAACUUUGUUUGUGCAGUAUGAGCAAACGAAGUUUUUCUCCGAAAAGUAAUCAUGUACUGUGAAAGUGUUUUUUUUCCCCCUGCAAGAUAACCUUAUUCUUGUAAUAUAUGUAACUAGAUUUUUCAAAAAGAAGUAGUCUCAAGACACACUGCAAAAUUCAUACUGAUGAAAAAUCUUAUUUUUGUAGUAUAUAUGUAAUAAGAGUUUUUCACAAAGAGAUCUUAUAACUAAACACAAUCUUGUUCAUAUGGGUGAGAAGCCUUAUUCUUGUAGUGUAUGUAAUAAGAGUUUUACACAAAAAAGUACUCUGACUCAACACAUUCGAGUUCAUACUGGUGAGAAGCCUUAUUCUUGUAGUGUAUGUAAUAAGAGUUUUACAAAAAAAAGUACUCUGACUGAACACAGUCGUGUUCAUACUGGUGAGAAACCUUAUUCUUGUAGUAUAUGUAAUAGGAGAUUUUCAACUAGAUCUUGUUUGACUCAACAUAGUCAUGUUCAUACUGGUGAGAAACUUUAUUCUUGUAGUGUAUGUAAUAAGAGUUUUACACGAAAAAGUACUCUGACUGAGCACAGUCGUGUUCAUACUGGUGAGAAACCGUAUUCUUGUAGUGUAUGUAAUAAGAGUUUUACUCAAAAAAGAACUCUGACUGAACACAGUCGUGCUCAUACUGGAGAGAAACCUUAUUCUUGUAGUCUAUGUAAUAAGAGUUUUACACAAAAAAGUACUCUGACUGAACACAUUCGCGUUCAUACUGGUGAGAAGCCUUAUUCUUGUAGUAAGAGAUUUUCAACUACAUCUUGUUUGACUCAACGUAGUCGUGUUCAUACUAGUGAGAAACCUUAUUCUUGUAGUAAAUGUAAUAAGAGUUUUUCACGAAGAGAUCAUCUGAUUGAACACUGUCGUGUUCAUACUGGUGAUAGGCCUUUUUCUUGUAGUGUAUGUAAUAAGAGUUUUACUCAAAAAAGUUCUCUGACUGAACACAGUCGUGUUCAUACUGGAGAGAAACCUUAUACUUGCAGUUUAUGUAAUAAGAGUUUUACGCAAAAAAGUGCUCUGAUUGAACACAUUCAUGUUCAUACUGGUGAGAAGCCUUAUUCUUGUAGUGUAUGUAAUAAGAGUUUUACACAAAAAAGUUCUCUGACUGAACACAAUCGUGUUCAUACUGGUGAGAAACCUUAUUCUUGUAGUAUAUGUAAUAAGAGUUUUAAACAAAGAGGUCACUUGACUGGACACAGUCGUGUUCAUACUGGUGAGAAGCCUUAUUCUUGUAGUAUAUGUAAUAAGAGAUUUUCAACUAGAUCUAAUUUGACUGAACAUAGUCGUGUUCAUACUGGUGAGAAACCUUAUUCUUGUAGUGUAUGUAGAAAGAGAUUUUCAAUUAAAGGUCAUUUGACUCAACAUAGUCGCCUUCAUACUGGUGAGAAACCUUAUUCUUGUAGUAAAUGUAAUAAGAGUUUUUCACGAAGAGAUCAACUGAUUGAACACUGUCGUGUUCAUACUGGUGAGAAGCCUUAUUCUUGCAGUGUAUGUAAUAAGAGUUUUUCUAAAGGAAGUCUACUGACUCGACAUAGUCAUGUUCAUACAGGUGAGCUUUCCACAAAGAAGUCUACUGACUCUACAUAGUCGUGUUCAUACUGGUGAGAAACCUUAUUCUUGUAGUGUACGUAAUAAGAAUUUUUCACAGAGACGUCAACUGACUAGACAUAGUCAUGUUCAUACUGAUUAGAAGCCUUAUUCUUGUAGUAAAUGUAAUAAGAUAUUUUCAACUAAACUUUAUUUGAUUGAACAUAGCUCUGUUCAUACUGGUGAGAAACCUUAUUCUUGCGGUAUAUUAAAAAAGAGUUUUUCAUAGAGACUGACAGAGAGUUUUCAUUGAGACAACUGACUAAACACAGUCAUGUCCAUACUGGAGUAUAAAUCUUAAUUCUUGUAGUAUAUGUUAUAAGAGUUUUUCACUAGUUCUUCCAAAUAACCACAUUUGUGUUCAUACUGGAGAGAGAUCUUUUUCAUGUAAUAAGACUUUUUCAAGGAAGGAUUAUCUAACUCAUCACAUUCAUGUUCACACUGUUUGGAAGCCAUUUUUUCCUGUACUACUUUCUUGUGUGUGUGUCAUUCUUAUAAUAUAUGUGUAAUAGUUUUUCUCUGCAAAAGACUGACUUUGGUGUUUGUAUUUGCACACUGAGGACACCAUUUGCCCACUGAGGAUAAAAUGUCUUCUUGCUUCCAUUAUAAGUAAAAAAUUUCGUAGAAGUGUCAUUAGACUAAACACAAUUUAAUGAAACUGAAAAGUUUUUUUUCUUUUCAAAAUAUUUUAUAAUGCAGUUUUCAUUGUAUUUUUCUGUUUUUAUGCAUAUUUAAAGCAUGUAAAAUAAGCUCCAGUAUUGAAAAGUUGUGGAUUAAAAUACAUUCUUAUAAAUACAUCUUAGUAGCAGUUGUAACCUUGGUACUGGAUAACAGUAACUUUAUUUAAAACUACUAAUGCUUAGCCAAAAUAUAAAUUGUGUUUUAUUCUCUCAACAUUAGAAUCCUGAGUUGUAGGUAAUAUUUUUUUAUAAAAAAAAAAACUUCAAUAGCAGCUUUUAAUUAAAAUUACAUGUAACAUCUUUUAUUUAAUGAAUCUUUCUUAGCACAUGAUGUACAAUUACACAUCUUUACAUGUCUUUCAGUUGCAAAAUAUUUUUUGUUAUUUUUAGAGAGAAAAAGUAUUUUUAUUUUUAAAAAAUGUCUCCUUUUAUUAAACAUAAUGAAAGUACUGAUACGAUUCUCAUUACUUAUUUUCUGAUUUUUAAAAUUUAUUUAUUUAAAAAAACAUUUUCUUUUGCUAUUGUUUUUUUAUAUUUAUUAUUUUUAGUAAAGAAAGCAAAGCACUGAAGAAACUUGUCUACUAUUAUUUUGAAGUUGUAAUUUUUUGAAGCGAGAAUAAAGUUUUUAAUCAAGUAA